CUGCCCGCCGGGGGGCGCCCCGCGCGCCGCCCCGCGCGCCGCCGCCUCCAGGAUCCGGCCAUGUGGCUGCUGCGCUCCGCGGCUGCGGGGCUGCUGUCGCCGCCGCGUUCCCCGACCGGGGCCGCGGCUGCGCCGGGGCCGGGGCCGCGGCGCGGGGCGGCCCGGGCGCCGCAGCAGCUAGAAAAUAAAACAAAAGGGAAGCUUCAAAGGCAGAUUUGUCAAGUUGUUUUGGAUCAUUUUGAGAAGCAGUACACAAAGGAACUGGGAGAUGCAUGGACCAAAGUCAGGGAUAUACUCACGCACCCCGUCUGCUGGCAGCAUGCUGUCCUUCUUAACAAAUUCAGUUGGUCCUCAGAGCUGGAGAAUACUUUGUGUUUGAGGGGAUAUCGUCCUCUCUUUCAAGAAGCUUUGCCUUAUCUGCCAAGAUCAUUGAAGUGUUACAUCAGUAGAACUCCUAGGAGAUUCCCAGCACAGAAACACCAGAUUGGUAAACUGAAAGAAUAUUACCUGCUGAAUGCCGCUUCACUCUUGCCAGUGCUGGCACUGGAGGUGAAAGAUGGGGAGGAUGUUUUGGAUGUAUGUGCUGCGCCAGGGGGUAAAUCAGUAGCUAUACUACAGUGUGCCUAUCCAGGUCAGUUUCACUGUAAUGAGUAUGAUGGUUUGAGAUCAAGAUGGUUGAAACAGACACUAGAAUCCUUCAUCCCAGAUCCUUUGAUCAACUCAAUAACUGUUUCUAAACUAGACGGCAGACAGAUUGGAGAUCUCAAUCCUGAAUUAUAUGACAAGAUACUGGUGGAUGCUCCGUGUUCAAAUGACAGAAGUUGGUUAUUCGCUUCUGAUAUUCAGCAAGCUACACUUAGGCUAAUACAAAGAAAGGAGUUAUCUUCUCUACAAUUACAGCUGCUAAGGUCUGCCGUUAAAGCGUUGCGUCCUGGUGGAUCACUGGUCUAUUCUACAUGCACUCUCUCGAAGGCAGAAAACAGCAAUGUAAUAAAUCUCAUUCUAAACUCAUGCAGUAAUAUUCUGCCUGUAGAUAUAAGUGAUAUGGGCAAAGCUGUUUCCCAGGAAUUCACUCUUCUCAGUGGUACACAAGAGCAUGAACUUCUGGUUCUCCCAGAGAAGGAGAAAGCAUGGGGUCCAAUGUACGUAGCCAAAUUAAAGAAAAUAAUAUAAUCCACAUGAUGCCUUUUAGUUUAUUAUAAGGGAUGUAUGAUUAAUUCAUAUUUUUUCUAAUAUACUGUGUGUAUAUGAACUAUAGUAGAUAUCCAAGUCAACUGAAUUUAGAACUUUGCAGUUUUGCGUCAGCUGUUCUCAAAUGAGAAGGAAGUUAGGAACUUGACUUAGUUUAGCUUACAAUUCAGAAUGUGUCUUACAAUGAAGACUUGCGGGCCUCUGUGAAGUCCUUUUGAAAUCCGGGAAACUUUGUAUUAUUUUCACAGCGAUGCUCUGAAAUGGACUUUUAUCCUAGAAUAGUGGCUUCUGUUGUGGCUUUUGCACAGUUUUUUAAAAUUGCUUUUUUGGUUUUAGUACAGUGUAUCUUUAAAUAAAUGGUUUGAAUGGUGCCUGCCUCUAGGGUCGUGGAAAUCCUGCAGUUAUUCUCAAACAUGUCUAGAAAUAUGUUUUUCUGUAAGAGCUGAUUUGUAUGCAGAGUCUGUCAUCUAAGCACUCACUGUUCCAAGCAGUGGCAAAACAGGUUUCAUAUUUGCUAAGUUGUUUACUGGUAAGAACUGCCUUUUGUUUACAGUCAUAAAGGUCAGCAGCUAUAUUGACACCAACUUUUUCUUUUUUAUGUUUUUAUAUUUUAUCAAAAUAUAAAUUGAAAGAGUAAAUUACAUUGAAAGGCCCUUAAAACAGUAGAUUUAGAUGUGUUUAGCUUUGAUACUCAGUUUGUGGCAUAAUGCAGUAUAUCUAGCAGGCGAUAAAGCACAUACUUGAACCAGAAUGAUUAAUAACUCCAAUAAUGGCACAGUGUUCAGAUAAUUCUGUUACAUAAUUAUAGUCAUAAUGAGCAAAACACAGUAUGGAGAAGUGGUUUAUCCACUGAGUUAUGAUAUGUUACGUGAGUUUAUGAUGUCACAUCUGUGGUGUGCAAGGAGAGUAAGUCGGGUACUAAUGUUGUUCUCAAGCUUCUUCAAUUCUGCUACACAAUGCUAUGGAUAAAUAUGGCUCUAUAAACAUGCAUUCCCAUGUUCAUGCAUAUGAACAUGCAAACUGCUUUUUCAUAUGUUAUUGCCUGCAGAUUAAGUGUAAAAACUUGGGAUUGAGCAGUACUUGGAUUAUGCUUAUGAGUAUUACGUAUUAGGUUGUAUGUCAGUCUCAAAGCAGAAUAGAGCCCUUUCAUUCCUUUCUUAGCACAGAGAGCAAAGAGGAGUCCUUUCCUUAUUUAAACCUUACAGUAAUUGUUUUUAAGGAACCGUGUUUUAAAAGGACGGAGGAUUUUCUGAUAGAUGAGUUGUUUGUGUUGAAAUGUGUGUUUUUGUGACUGUGUACAUUUAUGCAUUUCAUAUCCAUUUUGUAUGUACAUCUGUAUAUGUAUUUAAUUAUAAGGUUUUUGCAAUCACAAACAUCAUUUGUUAAUGCAGCUUUGAUUUUUCUGAAUAUAAAAGGACAUAAGUGGUAAAUACUGGAAAGAUUACCAGGUACCUUGUCAAUAAAAGCAGGAUUUCUGUCUGUGA